GCAGGGAGCUCCGAAGUGUAAUAGCUGGGCAAAUUUGUAAACACGGAAACGCGGCACCGAUUAUCACAGCUGUGAAGGAUAUGUUUGUGGCGUCGAUGAGAACGCGUGAUCGCACGGCGGAAGAGACCCAACUGCGACGACGCCGACGCAAGGUUGUGUAUACAGGCAGCAGGAUCUCGUAACGUUGACUUGCCCCAGGAUCCCACGUUCCCGCUCGAGACUGCGGUAAGACGAUAGAAAACUUCGCAUGCGUCGCUAUAACGAGACAUUUCGUUCACCGGAUAUAUAUAUAUAUAACGACGAAAGAAGUGCGGCAGGUACACGUUCGCUCUGUCAAAGCGCGAGCACCGAAACUGCUCAGAAGGCGCCAAAGAAAAGAGACUAUCAAUCGUUCUUUCUUUCACCUUCUACUACACAAAGAAACUGCAUUACAGGCAUACGCACACAUACACAUAAAGAAAGUCCACAGUGGCACAGCCGAGGGUUCCUAAUCGGCACGGGAAAAUAACGCAUCUCGCACGUCUUGCGGCUUCGUGUCGUGUGGGCAGCGGGGGGCAAUCGACUUGGCCGCAGAACCGAUCGCCGCGUCAGGUCGUCCACGGGUAUCGGUGGCGCGGUUCCACCCCCCCUCCUUCCCCCACUACUUAUCGAGAAAACGUCGUCCGAGGAAAGCCAUAUAAGGCUGCAUCCAUAACACGUAUCGCGCGCGCGAGAGAGAGAGAGGAGUUCUCGAGACACAUAUAUGUACCGCUGCGCGGACACUCGACGGACCUUCGGGAAAUCCGCGUCGACGUCUCCUCGGAACGACGGGUCACCGAGCAACGACGAGCGACAACAACACAACGUGGCCCACACGUGCCCCGGCGCAGAGGACAAAAGAAACAUUCACGAACAACUGCACGAGCUCGGACCAGCAACGCAAGUAUGUGUUAAGUGUCUCCCAUCCCCCCCGCCGACGCCGUUAUCCGGUCCCGAGGAGGUCCCCGAUAAGACUACUACGUCGGCGGCGCACCGAUAAGCGGCCGGUGCGUUAAAGACCCUUCUUUCAAACUAAGGCAAGAAAGUCGAGUGUGGUGCCGCGGGGGGUUUGGGGGGCUACACACACCCACACAGUGCCGGCGCGCUAUGGCACCGUCAGCGGGUCUGGUGGUGGCCACCUGGGACGCCCUGCUGAGCCUUCUGGUCUGCACCCCGCUGGUGGUCGCCCACUGGCGCGCCGUCUGGUUCCUCCUGGACUGGUUCGUGCUGCCGCAGCGACCUCUGGUAAGCGGCUGGCUCUGCUGCGUCGUCGGCCACGCUUUCGUGCUGCUCGCCCACCUGGUCCAGCACAACCUCGGCUCGCUCGGAGACGUCGUCGCCGCAUCCCGCGACGUCAAGGGCCGGCAGCGCCGCCAGUGGCCGUGGCGGGAGUUUGCCGGUCGCCUCUACACCCCUCUGCUGUCGGUGGCCACGAUCGCGCAGUGGCGCGGCAUCUGGCUGCUCCACGACCUGUACCUCGUCGAGGCCGGUCCGCUGCCGUCGGCGCUGGUCUCGCUGGUCCUGGGCAGCGUGGGCCUGGCGCUGGCGGGCUCCCUAAAGACGAUGGCGGCCUCGCCGCCCUUCGCCUUCGGAAGCGACGUGCCGUGGGCCUACUUCGAGGCGCCGACGAGGCUCGGUCGCCGCCCGGACCGCGAAGGCGGCUGGCCCUGGUUCGUGGCCGACUGCGCCCUGACGGUGGUGGUGCUGCACACGUUGUUGAUUAGCGGAUGGAGGGGUCUCUGGGCCCUACUGGACGAGCUGAGGAGGUCGGCGACGGCGUCGCUCGUGUCCGGCGCCACGGCCGGGGUGUUGCUGCUGGUCGCGCAGGCGCCGGCGGGCAUCUUGUGGCAGCGCCUGGGCGGGGAGCCCAAAGCCCCCGAGAACGUCCUGAACGGGGAGGCUGGAGUUUCCAAGAUCAUGCUGGAAGGAGACGCCAGACCCUCCGAGAACGGUAACCCAAAACACUGCCACUCUGUAUGUCGCAAAACUGAAACCACAAGGUGGGUGGGCGGGGCACAGCUGUCAUUACUGGUCUACACAGUGCAGCUGUAUCACUUCUUGCUGCGCAGGGCUUCUGCUUUGCUGAAAGCGUGUAUCUUGUUUGGACGACGAUUGUUCGGAAUCAGAAUGCACUGCUGGUUGAAAAGUGUUGAGAACGUGGUUUACCCCAGCAUACUGAAUAUCCUUUACCUUAUGAGCAAUGUCUCCAAUAUUUCUUGUGAAUAGCGGCAAAAGGCCAAUGUGAGAUAGAGUCACAGUCUUGCAACAAAAUAAUGUAUUAGGUGCAGCAUAAUCAUCUAUAAAAGGUAAUACAUACUGUUAUACAGAAACGUCAGGCUGAUGCAAAUACACUUUAAUUGCUCCGCCAGUUGCAAUAUUUUAGCGUUCACGGCCUCUUCUUUCUUUUCCCCUUUUCCCACGUAGCAAUACUGCCACAGAUUCAAAAGGUUGCGUGAUCUGCCAGCUCCUCUGCUGAUAGAUGGGUCAGAUAUAAUGUAACACCCCGAGUCAUUACUCGUCCCCGAGAUUGAAUAAUUGCUUGGUCGACAGGAUGUACUGCUUUAAAUCAGCACAAGGACUACAAUAGAUGCUAAUUUGACAAAUUAUGACCAGCCGGUGUUUAGCAUGCACCCAACGCUCAAUACACGAACUGUCUUGCAUUCCACCCUGACAGAACAUGGCUGCUACUGUUGGGAAUCGAACCCACGACCUUGUGCUAGAUAGCAGAAAGAACAUUGUAGCCACUGUACCACCGUGGCAGGUUCAUCCUUGAGAUGCCCCACUCUGCCCCUUGUUAAAAAAUAUCAAUUUCACAAAUUGUGCCAAUACAUUCAAAACUCGAUUUAAUGAAGCAAUGACCACACUUGAAUUAUCUAGUUAAAUCGGCAAGUUUGCAAAAUCAAGAAAGGAAUUUUUAGGUCCUUUGAAAUUUAAAAUUGUAAUGUAGCGACACGCUACAGCUACUGCGGCAUCAUAUUUGCUGCUAAUCCAGCCGUCUGUUACAUAAACCAUGAACUAAUGAAAGCAACCACUGCCGCCCCUACAGAGACGAUGUUGAAUCCAUAGUUCCCUGCAUGGGCGUGGGGUGCAGCCUCAUCAAAAUAAAGCUAUGCCCACGAUUAGGGCUAAAUAAAUACUUGUAAGCUAAAUAAAAAACAAGCCAUGUUCACACUCUAACAAAGACAGGUAUAUUUAUUUUAGCGCCCUUAAAUAUCACAAGAUAUCAACAACAAACUAAAACACACAAAAGUUUGGGCAUGUUUUAAGGAACAAUAGUGCAAGGAAGGUUAAAAAAAGUAAUGUCAACAAA